GCCCACCGUACCAUAUAAAUAGAAGGAAAAAUUACAAUCGCAGUCAAAUUCAGUUCUCCCAUAUUCAACAUUUGCCGAUCUUUGAGUUCUUCGAGUCGAUUCAGAAAUGGCUUUAGGUGGAACAGCUCCCCCAAGAGGCAGUGCAGCAGCUGCUGCUAGCAUGCGCAGGAGAAGAACAAGUGGUGGGGCCUCAGGAGGAGCAGCAGGGACUAUGCUUCAGUUUUAUACUGAUGAUGCUCCAGGACUCAAAAUCUCUCCAAAUGUUGUUCUAAUGAUGAGCAUUGGGUUCAUAGCUUUUGUUGCAAUCCUCCAUGUUGUGGGUAAACUCUACUUCUUUCGUACAGAGGCUUAA